UUCAAAUCUUAAUUAUUUCUUCCAAACCAAGAAUUCAUUUUCGUUUUUGCGUUAUACCCAUUUCAAAUCUUGAUUUUUUCUUCGAAACCCAGAAUUUAUUUUUGAUUUUGUGUAUACCCAUCUCUGAAUCUUGGUGAAUUUUCAAUCAUGGCUGCUAAUGUAGUAGAUCCGAAUCUAAACCCGAUUACGAUUCGAGAAGUAUGGGCUCAAAAUCUCAAUUCCGAAUUCAAAGAUAUUUCUUCCGCAAUUGAUCAAUACCCCUGUAUAUCAAUGGAUACAGAGUAUCCCGGCGUUAUCUUCAAACCCGCCGGAGACUAUUUGAUGCUGUCUCAGGAGGAAAAGUAUGAACUCUUGAAAUCCAAUGUUGAUGCUUUGAAUCUUAUUCAGCUUGGGAUUACCCUUUCUGAUGCUGAUGGGAACUUACCGGAAUUGGAAAUCGGAAACCGACGAGUUCGGGUUGUAUGGCAGUUCAACUUUUCCGAUUUCGAUUUGACGCGUGAUAAACACGCGCCGGACUCAAUCAAGCUCCUUAUCAACCAUGGGAUAAACUUCGAAGCGAAUCAAGUUUCAGGGAUUAAAUCAUUUCAUUUUUCUGAGUUGCUGAUGUCGUCGGGGCUUGUAUUGAAUGAAUCAGUGAGUUGGGUAACGUUUCAAGGCGGGUAUGAUAUCGGCUACUUAUUGAAGAUCCUCACGCGCCGGGAACUUCCCCGUGAGUUUGAUAACUUUUUAGAAUAUGCUAGGGUGUUUUUAGGAAAUAACUUUUAUGACGUGAAACAUUUGAUGGGAGUUUGCAAUCUUUACGGUGGUUUAAACUGGGUGGCGAGUGCUUUAGGUUUGAACCGAGUGGCUGGGAGGCAACAUCAAGCCGGUUCAGAUAGUUUGCUGACGUGUCACGUCUUUUAUAGGAUGAGGAAUAAUUAUUUUGUAGACGGCGUGCCGGAUAGACAUUCCGGUCGUUUUGCAUGGUAUUGAAGUGUAAUUAAGGAUACAA